AGAUUUACUUCAGUCACCCACCUUAGAAGCCGCACUUUACAUUCGAAACAGUAUUGCUUAUAUUUUGUCAUUUGUUUGGUCAUGCUCUCAGUAUUAUCUUGCUUCUUUACUCCUUGUUGCUUUUCUACGGAAUGUUUAUUGGCAUGGGAUAGUCGCAAGUAAUUAAAGACAAAUCACAACUCAGUAGUCAUCCAAUUCCAAGAAGAGAGCAGCUUCAAAAACGAGGGAAGUAUUCAUAAAGGAGAACACAGACAGGCAAAUAUAAAGAAGAAAAGAAAUGGGAAAAAAGAGUACUUUGGUGAAGAACAGGAGCUUUCCUCAUUCUUAGUUUGUCUCACAACAAAGUUUAUUGCUUAGGAUUUGGAAUAGUGACAAGUAAAGACAAAUCACAACUCACGGGCAUCCAAUUCCAAGAAUAGAGCUUUACGAGGCAGCAGCUUCAAAAGGAGGGGAAUAUUCAGAGGAAAAGAAAGAGUAGUUGUUGAACAACAAGAGCUUUCCUCAUUCUUAGUUUAUCUCACAAGGAAGAGAUGUAGUUAUAGUAUCAAGCUGACAGAAUGGAGUCUGUGUUGUCCCCGAUAGUGGAACGAACGUUUAAUUUUGCGGUGGACCCCAUUAUUCGGCAGUUGGCCUACAUCCUCCGUUGCAGGCAAAAUGUUGAUGAACUCUUGACUAGUUUUGAGAGUCUUGAACUUGAAAAAGAGUCCAUAGAUCGUCGAUGUGACCAGGCUGAGAAUAAUUUACAAAACAUUGAAGCCAAAGUCAAAGUAUGGUCAAGGAAAGUAGAUGAGUUGAAGACUGAACUAGAGAAGUUUAGGAACGAUGAAGGCCACACAAAGACAGGGUUGUCCAAUGUUUUAUUUUUAGUUCCUUACUUUUGGAAUAGGCAUAGACUUGGCAGACAAGCUAAGAAGAUGGCAGAGAUUGUUAAGAAUCUAAUAGAUGAGUCUGCCAAGUUCAAUGAAGUUUCCUACACAGACAACUUAACAUCUAAUGAUUUCACUUUGUCUAAUCCGGGCUACAUGCGAUUUGCUUCUAGACAUUCGACAGUGGAAAAAAUAAUUGCAAAACUUGAAGAUUCCUCUGUAAGAAUGAUUGGGCUGCAUGGGGGUGGUGGCAUGGGUAAGACCACUUUAAUCAAAGCAAUUGCUAAGAAAGCUAUGGACACGAAGCUGUUUAACGUGGUGGCUGUAUCAGAAAUCACAGCCAAUCCCAAUCCACAAAAAAUCCAGGAAGACAUUGCUUCUGCGUUAAGGUUGAGAUUGGAAGGGGAGGGUGAGAAUUCUAGAGCUCAUCGUCUGAUGACGAGGUUAAAGCAAGAGAAGGAGAACACCCUUAUAAUCUUGGAUGACCUUUGGGACAGAUUAGACUUGAAUAAGUUAGGGAUUCCACUUGAUGGUGAUGUUGAUGAUAAUGAUUUAAACACGAAGACAAGCAAUGCUAAACAGGGUCCCAAAGAGGCGACUAAAGAAAAAUCUCUUGGUGAUUAUAAGGGCUGCAAAAUUUUGCUAACUUCAAGGGAUAAAAACGUAUUAACUGAUAAAAUGGAAGUUAAGUCAACUUUCUGUGUAGAGGAAUUAGAUGACGAUGAUGCUCUGAGGUUGUUUCGGAAGGAGGCUAGAAUACAGGGUGAAAUGUCCCAGUGGAAACAAGAAAUUGUUAAGAAGUAUUGUGCUGGGUUACCUAUGGCAAUAGUUACAGUUGGAAGGGCAUUAAGAGACAAGAGCGACUCGGAGUGGGAAAAACUUAAAAACCAAGACCUGGUGGGAGUUCAGAAUUCUAUGGAGAUUUCUGUAAAAAUGAGUUAUGACCGUCUAGAAAAUGAGGAGCUCAAGUCCAUUUUCUUUCUUUGUGCUCAAAUGGGUCAUCAACCCCUAAUUAUGGACUUGGUGAAGUAUUGCUUUGGUUUGGGAAUACUUAAAGGGGUCUACUCGCUUGGGGAAGCUCGGGGCAGAAUAUCUACAUCAAUCCAACAGCUGAAAAACUCAGGUUUAGUGUUGGAUGGAAGUUCUAGUAUUCAUUUCAAUAUGCAUGAUCUGGUUCGAGAUGCUGCUUUGUCUAUAGCACAGAAGGAGCAAAAUGUAUUUACUUUGAGAAAUGGGAAACUUGAUGAUUGGCCUGAACUCGAGAGGUGCACUUCUAUUUCUAUAUGCAACAGUGAUAUCAUUGAUGAGCUUCCAGAAGAAAUAAAUUGUCCUCAACUUAAAUUUUUUCAAAUUGACAGCGAUGCUUCAUCUUUAAAAAUACCCGACAGUUUUUUUAAAGGAAUGAAAAAGCUCAAAGUAUUAAUGUUGACUGGUAUUCAACUAUCAAGCUUACCAUCUUCAAUUGAAAGCCUAUCAGACCUCAGAUUGCUUUGUUUGGAGAGAUGCACUUUAGAUCACAACUUAUCCAUCAUAGGGAAGCUGAAAAAAUUAAGAAUUCUCAGCUUUUCUGGAUCUCGAAUUGAAAAUUUGCCAGCUGAGUUAAAGGACUUGGAUAAACUACAAUUACUAGACAUCAGCAAUUGUUCAGUUGUCAAGAGGAUUCCGCCUAAGCUUAUGUCAAGGUUGACUUCGUUGGAAGAGCUGUAUGUAAGAAAGAGCUUCAUUGAAGUGUCGGUGGAAGGAGAUAGAAACCAAUGUCAAAUUUCAUUUCUUUCCGAACUAAAGCAUUUGCAUCAAUUGCAUGUGGUGGACUUAAGCAUUCCAUGUGCUCAAGUUUUUCCCAAGGAAUUGUUCUUUGACAAGUUAAAUGAUUAUAAGAUUGAGAUUGGGAACUUCAAAACGCUUUCAGCUGGAGAUUUCAGAAUGCCUAAUAAGUAUGAAAAGUUCAAAUCUUUGGCAUUGGAGCUGAAGGAUGACACUGACAAUAUUCACUCUCAGAAAGGAAUAAAGUUGUUGUUUAAAAGAGUUGAAAAUUUGUUGUUGGGAGAGCUGAAUGGUGUUCAAGAUGUUAUUAAUGAGUUGAAUUUGGAUGGAUUUCCACAUCUGAAACACUUUUCCAUCAUAAACAACGCUAGCAUCAAAUAUAUCAUCAACUCAAAGGAUUUGUUUUAUCCUCAGGAUGUUUUUCCCAAGUUGGAAUCUCUAUGUCUCUACGAACUAAGAAAGAUAGAGAUGAUAUACUUUAGUUCAGGUACAGAGAUGAUAUGCUUUAGUCCAUUUACAGAUUGCUCAUUCACCAAAUUAAAAACCAUCAAGGUCGAGAAGUGUGACCAAUUGAAGAAUCUUUUCUCCUUUUGCAUGGUUAAAUUGCUUGCGAGUCUUGAAACAAUUGGUGUUUCCAAUUGUGGUUCUUUAGAGGAGAUCAUUAAAAUACCUGACAAUUCUGAUAAGAUUGAGUUUCUUAAGUUGAUGUCUUUGUCACUAGAAUCAUUAACAUCAUUCACUAGUUUUUAUACCACAGUAGAGGGGUCUUCUACAAACAGGGAUCAGAUACAAAUUACUGUUAUGACUCCUCCUCUUUUUGGUGAACUGGUUGAAAUACCAAACUUAGAGAACUUGAAUUUAAUCUCAAUGAACAAGAUCCAGAAGAUAUGGAGCGACCAGCCCCCGUCAAACUUCUGCUUUCAAAACUUAAUAAAAUUAGUUGUGAAAGAUUGUGAAAAUUUGAGAUAUUUGUGUUCAUUGUCCGUGGCCAGCAGUUUGAGGAAACUGAAAGGCCUCUUUGUAAGCAACUGUAAAAUGAUGGAGAAGAUUUUUAGCACAGAAGGAAAUAGUGCAGACAAGGUCUGCGUCUUUCCUAGGUUGGAGGAAAUCCACCUCGACCACAUGGAUGAGUUAACUGACAUAUGGCAUGUUGAAGUGAGCGCUGAUUCCUUUUCUAGUCUCACUUCUGUGUACAUUAAUAGUUGCAAUAAACUAGACAAAAUUUUUCCGAGUCACAUGGAAGGAUGGUUUGCGAGUUUGAACAGCUUGAAGGUUUAUUUUUGUCAGUCAGUGGAAGUGAUUUUUGAAAUCAAAGAUUCUCAGCAAGCAGAUGCAUUUGGUGGGAUAGACACAAAUUUGCAGGUUGUUGAUGUAAGUUUUCUCCCAAAGUUGGAGCAGGUGUGGAGCAGGGAUCCAGGAGGAAUUCUUAACUUCAAAAAACUGCAGAGUAUAGUGGUGUAUUAUUGUGAAAGAUUGAGGAAUGUAUUUCCAGCGUCUGUGGCCAAAGAUGUUCCAAAGCUUGAAUACAUGUCGGUCAGACGGUGUGAUGGAAUUGUGGAAAUUGUUGCCUGUGAAGAUGGAUCCGAAACAAACACUGAACAAUUAGUGUUUCCUGAACUAACCUACAUGAAUUUAAAUGGCCUACGAAGCAUCCAGCAUUUCUACAGGGGGAGACAUCCUAUAGAGUGUCCAAAAUUGAAGAAGUUGGAAGUAGACGAAUGUAACAAGAAGCUAAAAACAUUCGGAACCGGAGAAAGGAGCAAUGAAGAAGAUGAAGCAGUUAUGUCAGCUGAAAAGUUACAAGAAGUGUGAAUUCAAAUUCCCGUCAUUGGAAGUAUUGAUUGUGAGAGAAUGCCCAUGGAUGGAAAGAUUCGCGGAGGGUGGCGCAAGAGCACCAAAGUUACAAAACAUAGUUACUGCUU